AAACAGAAUAAACACCUGUGUACAUUUCCAAAGUGUUUAUGGAGUUUUAAACGAUUUGAACAUCUUAAACGGCACAUGCUUGUUCAUACGGGUGAAAGACCUCAUGUAUGUCCACAUCCAGGUUGUGGUAAACGCUUUAGUCGAUCAGAUAAUUUCCAUGCUCAUUUUAGGACUCAUGAAAAGAAAGCGAUGACAAGACAAGAGAAA